GCCGCCCGCCCGCGGCAUGGCCAACUACUACGAAGUGCUGGGGGUCCAGGCCGGCGCCUCCCCCGAGGACAUCAAGAAGGCCUACCGCAAGCUGGCCCUGCGCUGGCACCCCGACAAGAACCCCGACAACAAGGAGGAGGCUGAGAAGAAGUUCAAGCAGGUGUCCGAGGCCUACGAGGUGCUGUCGGACCCCAAGAAGCGCCCCCUGUACGACCGUGCGGGCUGUGACGGUUGGCGGGCCGGGUGCGCCCCCUCCCCCAGCCCCUUCGGCUCGGGCUAUACCUUCCGGAACCCCGAGGACAUCUUCCGAGAGUUCUUCGGGGGGCUCGACCCCUUCUCCUUCGACUUCUGGGAUGCCCCGUUCAACAGCGACCGCGGCGGACGCCACGGCCUGCGGGGGGCCUUCCCGGCGGGCUUCGGCGAGUUCCCGGCAUUCAUGGAGGCCUUCUCGUCCUUCGACGUCCUGGGCCGGGGCGGGGGCAGCCGUACCACCUUCUCGUCCACCUCCUUCGGGGGCUCGGGCUCCGGCAGCUCGGGCUUCAAGUCGGUGAUGUCGUCCACUGAGACGGUCAACGGGCACAAGGUCACCACCAAGCGCAUCGUGGAGAACGGGCAGGAGCGCGUGGAGGUGGAGGAGGACGGGCAGCUGAGGUCGGUGACUGUCAACGGCAGAGAGCAGCUGGGCCGGGUGGGCAGCAAGUGAGUGCCACCGCCCCGCCCGCGUCAAUAAACAUGCCAGCGAGUUCAAGCA